CUAGCCAAUUAAAUAGGCUCUUUUCGCUCAUUACAAGUGUAAGUAGAUCUGUGUGCAUGAAAAACCCUAGGAAUUUGUGACACACACGGAAAACAUCGGUUCGGAAACAGGGAUGGUGUACUAGUAACAUAAUUAUGAUUGAAGAUCUGCGUAUAGCGGUCCAACUAGCAGUAGAUAGAUCGAUAUGUGUCGCGUAAAACGAUGGACUCGUACGACUUGUUCGGGGAAGAUGGCACCGGCAUGCUGGAGGGCCUACCGGACCUCGGAUCAUCAGCAGGCUUUGAUCCGUCGGUGACGGGUGGAAAUCGUAAUGCGGCUCCUGGUGGCGGAGGCGGCCCGCAACAAGCCCAACAGCAGGCCUACCAAAAUCCACAGGCUGCUCAACAACCAUCGUAUCAACCGCAACCGGGCCAAGGGCAGGGACAAACGGGUCCCGGCGACCAUACGUCCCCGCUACAAAAACUGGCAUCUUUCGGAGGCAGCGCUGGAGGCGGUCCUGCGGGCGGUGAUCCCUCGGUCGCUGCAGCUGCGAUGUAUGGAUCGGCUGGCGGAUAUGGAGCGGGGCCAACGGACGGCAGGGGCAUGGGCCCGCCUCCUCACACCGGUCAGGCCAAUGCGUAUCAGAGGAUGGUGAGACCGCCCCAUUCUGCUGCAGCACCGCCUGCCACGCCCCAGUACCCCUACCAGACCGACACCAUGUAUUCCAUGCCUGAUGUUCAGGAUUCAACAUACUUCUUGUUUCCUGGAUGUCGCCAAUGCUAUCGCCCCUAUUAAAUUGUACCACAAUGUACGUUAAAGACGACGAAGCCAUCGUGAUGUCGGUCAAAUCCAUAGAUUUAUAAAACAAAAUGGCCGGGACAUUUCCAAACGCCGAAAACGCAUGGACCUUAGACAUCGUUCGAGCUCACCUCCAAGCACAAUCGUGCUUCUUCAAUGAUGAUCGGCUGAAUGAUAUAAUUUGAAU